AUGUCCCUCCUCCCCAAGCUCAGUAGCGCCGGCAGCGUCGUCUCCUGGGCACGCAAGAGGACCGAGGACAGUGAAGGCGGUCGCCGCAAGAACGAGGGCUCCACGGGCGGUCGCCGCGACCUGGAAUCAAAUCAGAUCAGAUCUUUAUUGUUACAGCCACCAAUCAGGAAUCAAACCAAACGAAACCAAACCUGCUGGCGCUUCGGGCUGCUGCUGGGCGCCUACGGGCUCUUCCUCGUGCUGGGCGCCGCCGUCUUCUCGGCCCUCGAGGAGCCGCCCGAGCGAGCCCUGCAGGGCGCCCUGCACGCCGCCCGCGCCCGCCUGCUGGCCCAGCACGGCCAGUGCCUGUCCGAGGCGCAGCUGGCCGCCCUGCUGGAGCGCCUCCUCGACGCCGGCAGCUACGGCGUCUCCGGCCUGGGCAACGUCUCCGGCGACGAGAACUGGGAGUUCACCUCGGCCCUCUUCUUCGUCGCCAGCGUCCUCACCACCACAGGUUAUGGGCACACAGUGCCUCUUUCGAAUUGGGGCAAGGUUUUCUGCAUCCUGUACGCGCUGGUCGGCAUCCCCAUGACUUUACUGCUCCUGGCCUGCCUGCUUCAGAGUCUUCUGCCUCUUCUGAGCUACCGGCCUGUCCAGUACAUCCAUAGGCGCUGGGGCUUCCCACUCGGCCAUGUGGCUUUGCUCCACGCCCUGGGUUUAGGCCUGGCCACCCUGGGACUCUUCAUCCUGGUACCCGCCAUCUGCUUCUGGGCGCUGGAGGGCAACUGGAACUUCCUGGAGUCGGUGUAUUUCUGCUUCAUCUCGCUCAGCACCAUCGGCCUGGGAGACUACGUACCGCGUGGCAGUUCUCAGCCACCUCUGCACGAGCUCUAUGAACUCAGCAUCACCUGCUAUCUACUGCUGGGACUACUGGCUAUGCUUGUGGCCCUCGAGACAGCAUACAAGCUACAGGAAGUCCGUGGUCUUUUCCGCUUUUUCGCCCCCGCCCACGACACGCCCCACACGGACGACGAUGACCAUCUGGAAAUCCUGGACCAGGACCAGCUCGCCUUGACCACCAUAUCUGGAGGGACUUCUCACAACGAACCUGCGGAACAAGGUGCCACUUGACAUCUCCCGGGGAGAGGCAAUUCUCCCUCCAACACACACUAAGGGUGUUCUCACUCCCCACCAGUGGGCAGUUCCUAGAUUCAGAGACAGGUUCUCAGCUAGGGGGAAAGCAGAGGCCCUGCAGAGUUGGGAAGCAUCCUUUCUGAAAAGGAGGGGUGCUCCACAUCACUUUUAACCAGGGUUAGUCCCUGUUUUCUAGGGCCUGGUUUUGGAAAAUCAGUGGGUUGAAUCCAAAGCAGCGUGUGCAGAAGGAAAAAGUAGCUGCUACUGCUGUUUCACAAGUGAUUGUACAAUAGAGUUGAUGCAGCGCUAGGAUAGAAAGGCUCUUAUAGCAGUAUUGUUUAUCAUCAAGUCAAAGAGCACCUUAUGGGCUUUCCCUCUGCCCACCCCAUGCCUGUGCCUCACACAGUUUCUCCUGACUCUUUAAGUUCUGCACGGGUUUUUCCCCUCUGUUCCUUCCUUCCCUUGCUUUUUGCCCUUCUUUCUCUCAGGUUUCUGCUUCCCUGUCCGGCCCUCUGCUCAUGCAAACUUCCCCACCUCUAUACUUCUAACAGUAUGUAGCAUUUCCUGUUGUUCUUCCUUCAAGGCUGAACUUUCACUUCCCUCCCAGAAGAGGUACUGUUGAUUAACAUUCCAUUGCAGGCACCUUCUCCCCAAGCAUGCAAACAUUCCAUGAUGUAACAGUAGCUCAGCCAAUGGCUACAAAGGAACUCAAAAGUGACAGGGUGUGUGUGCAGGAGAAGAAGGGAAAGAGAUACUGUAUUUACCUGAAUACAAGACUAGGUCUCCCCCCUCCCAGUCCUUUGAUGUUCAAAUCCAGGGGGUCAUCUUGAAUUCAGAGUCCUUUUCCUUUUGAGUAAGUAUAGGUAUAACCUGUAUUUAGCCUUUAUUUUUUAAGGCGCUUGUCUUAAAUUCAGAGUUGUCUUGUAUUCUGGUAAAUGCUUCACGAAUUAGACUUCUCAA